AUGAAAUUUACUUACUACAACAUUUCUUGUGUCAAUGCUUCAGACCAAUUGUCGGUUGGUUCUAGACUUCAGUUAAAAAUAAGCCGAGAAAUGAUGCAAAUUUCUUCCUUUCCCACAAUUACCAUCCCUUAUUUGCCUUCAACUCUCACGACCAUAGAAUUAGAUAAAUUAAGAUGUCAAUUAGGCGUUUGA